AUGCUAGAUUUGAGUAAGCCUGUAUUACGUCUGGACUUGGCACUGAGACCGGGGCCCUUCUUGUUAAGGCUCCUCCCUGUAGAUGAUUCUUGUGAUUCACCUUGCGUCAUCGACGCAUGAUCCCGGAAAUACUUAGAGGAUCGUAGCUCUAAUUUUGCGUCGGAGGAUGCCGAACUUGCCUAAAAGCGUUGUCAGAGAGUUGAAUACAGUAGUAAGACGAGACUCCAGAUUGGACGGACCGACAGUUAAGGCUUUCUACAACUAUUAUGUGUAUAUACUUACUGUAGAUAAAGUAUAUACUUACUGUAUAUACUUAAGUUACAUCGAUCAUACUAAUGAUGGGGAAGUCCUCUGAGUCAGAGUCUGAGCAUAUGAAUAACGAAAUAACUGGUCCUCGUUACUCUUCUCUCGUCUUGGGCUAUUAUAAAAAUAUCUGUAAGCUUCAAGAACCAAAAAUAUCAUCAAUAUAGAGCAAAAGUCCUCUCAACGUGAACGUCGACAACAUCGUUCAUGCACAACGAAAAUCGAAAUUUCUCAGCUCCUCUAAAAUAUGCGAAUUCGACUGGCGUCGAUUUGAAAUCCACUUCAAGAAGCUGAG